AUGCCGAACGAUAAUGUACCAAAUAGUAAUGACAAGUCAACUAUUGAUAAAUCUAAAGCGGAUUUAGUAACUAGUGUAAUACGUCACCAUCAUCUGAGCGUACCUUUUACUCACGUACCACCUGAGGAUAGCGACAAAAACAUUAAAAAAGGGAAGUAUGGAAAACCACCCAUUUCUGGAUCGAAGUACUUACUCGAUGUCAAGGGAGACGUUAAUGUUCCACUUUCACUUCCAAGAGCUGCGGGAACAAAAAAAAAAAGAGUAUUGACUGAGACCAGCGACAGAAAACUUAAAAAAGAAAAGUAUGAAAAACUAUCCAAUGUGGGUUCAAAGAAUCAACGUGAUGUCGCGGAAGACGUUCUGGAAAAUAUGAUCCUACCUGAGGCAUCAGACUUACCAUAUGGAGUGGUGAACGAUGAUAUAAAAAUAUGUAAACGGAGUAGAACACUGGAAAAGAAUAGUACAAUUCAAACUCCAGUAGUAUGUCCGAGUGUAAUAAAAUUGGGAAAAUUUGAAGUGGAGACUUGUUAUUUAUGUCCAUUCCAGCAGGAGGAGAAUGCUGAGAGAUUAAUAUUUUGUGAAUUUUGUUUAAAAUACACUAAAUGUCAAUCGAUUUUAAAAAGACAUAAACGACACUGUAAUUGGAAAACAACACCGGGCACAGAAAUCUACCAAAGUGGAGAUUUAAGCGUUUUUGAAGUUGAUGAAAAAGUAGACAAAACGUAUUGCCAACAGUGGCGGAGACAGAAUUUUAAUACCAGGUGGGCCAGGCUGAGGCCCAAAUUUUUUAGGGAGGGCCAAAUAAACAUGAUAUAUUCAUGUAUAUGUAUAAACAAUAGUGAUACAUGA